AUGAGUUCGUCUGUGCAAUGUUCCGGCCAAAUGCUGCGGAGGCCCGAGCACGGGCGCCUAAAUUGUCCUGAACUGACGACUUGGAUCGCUAAACCAGGGCAGAAAUGCAGACUCGAGUGCGACGGGGGCUACAAACCAUCGAUAGACCGAAUCACGUGUUUCGAAAGCGGCUGGAGUAUCCCCCGGUCACUCUCCGCCGGAGCAACCAGUGCCCAAGUCGCCUGCGUGGGCGGCGGAGCGACCACAAUGCUCAUCGUAGGCUUGCUCGUAGGCGGUUUAAUUUUGAUUUGCUUGAUCGCCUUUGCCUACGCGAAGUUCUCGCAAACCAAAGACGAGGAAAUCGACGACGAGCAAACCAAAAAUGGCCUGCGCGGCGCCAACGCUAGAAGAGCACAAGAAGAAGAAACUCUCCGCCACGAUCGGAAGAAGGGCAGCGCGUAUGACAACCACAAUCUCCCCCACAAUCCAAAUAACAUUUAUUCCACGGAACCCGGAAUGCUCGACCCAAGCUUUGCGCGUGGAAAUUCGCCAGACUCGUACGCUAGUGGAUAUCCUCUUAUGAUGCAUGGUCAGCACCACCCUUACGAGACCCAGAGUCACUUGGGCAACAUGUCCCCGCAGAGCCAGAUUCCGUCCAACUAUGAGACCUUUCACUUGCCGCCGCAAAUGCAACAACAGAUGGGAAUGAUGGAUCCUCGCGCUUCUAUGGCAUCCAUGUCGGGUCCUUAUGGCCACAUUGGACCAAUGGGAAUACCUCCAGGAGCUCAUUUCGGAAUGAACGGAGGAGUUCAACGAACAAUGAGCUUUUCCCAAGUUCCGUCGACCUACGAUCACGUCCACUUUGGCAACUUCAAAGGCCUCGGCCCCAAGUCGAAAUCAUACAGUCCGGACGGCUACGAUGUUCCCAUCUAA